AUGACCGACGAGGACAGCGGCGAGCUUUGCCCCGGCAAAUUCGCCUGGGAAUGUAAGGACACAAACUGUUGCAACAGCUACCACAUCCGAGUGUUGAUGCUGUUCUUUUCAAUUGGCGUUCUGUUCGUGGCGCUGGCCGUUUUCGGAGUGUGGAUGGCAUUUGACUUACGGCCGUCGAGAUAGUGAGUUUUCCUGGGCUUGUGGGGCGUUUGUUUAUCGGUGCAAAAAGACAGGAAACUUUACGAAUAAUAGCCGACGGAUUUGUGUAAACAAAUUUUCUUUGUUAGCCAGGAAAUUGUCUUUUUAGAAAGAAAUUUAUAAAGUUUUUCUGUCUACAGUGGAGACCUGAUCUAAUGGCAAAAAACGUACCAUUUUGCAUCUGGGAAGUAUCAAAAAUGUGGCAAAAUGCCUCUCCAACUAAAAAAACCUCGUUUUGAAGGGUUCCUCAAAAAAAGUGGGCGCUUUUGAAAUCUGAGUUUUUUUAAGAGGGAGGUAUUUUGCCACAUUCUUUAUACUUCCUGGAUACAAAAUGAUACGUUUUUUGCCAAUUUUGCAUCACUCAAAAAGGAGGUUUUGUGCACGGUGCAGCUCAAGACGAGUAUUCUACGCAUAUUUGAGAAAAAGUAGUCGUCAAAAAAUAGGCUUAUUUUUUGUAGAAAAAUUGUGUGCAUAACUUAUAAUGGCGCCCUAUAAUUUCAAUCCAAAUAAAUCGAAAAAAAAUUAAUUUUUGCCCACUUUUGCUCUUAUUGUUAGGACCCCAAAAUUUUGUACUAAACUUGUGGAGAAUUUAGAAGCUUCCGUAAUUCGACGAAAUUUGGUGACGUUUCUUCAUUUUUCAUGUCCUCAGGUCGACAAAAAUCAUCAGAUAUCUCGGGCGUGCCGGCAAAGGGUCACCCGAAAAUUUUCAGAGAUUUUUUUUAGCCCAUAUAGGACAUGCAUACCAAGUUUUAAGAAAAUCGAAGCACUAUGCCUUAGGCAUUCUUCUAAUUUUUUAUAACAAGCCAUUUUUGCGACCUUUGAUUUUUACUCCAAACGCUGUCAUAUAACCCUUCUAGUCGCUUUGUAGGAUCUUUCUUUAUUCUUUUUUGCGUUAUUCUCCAACAUAAAUAAGUAAAAAUACAUUUCCAGUCAACCCCGAAAAGAGCCGGUGAAGGAUAAGCGAGCGUUGUCGGAAGUGGAGAUCAAAAGCUUCGAGGAGACGAGAUACCUUCGCCGAAUGUCCGAACUCAACCCCAAUGCCAAACGAGAAUACGUCUAG